AUGAGUUAUUUCGUCAGUCGUGCCUUGAACUUACUGGUCCAAUUGAAAAUGAGAUUGCUGCCCUUUGCUCUCAUAAACUUAGUGGGCAAGACAUAUCUUUUCAAAAUUGCUAUAGAUCAGGAAAAUUUUGUUUACAAGCAUGAUACUUACAAAGUUUUGAAGAUUAUCACUAACCAGAAAUUAAAUACUCAAUUUAAUGUGAGAGACUCCCCUCAGGAAACAAUGAUCACAUUAUGUGGCGAUGUGUCAUCUCUUUCAGAUACACCUGAGGUUACGUAA